AUGGCCGACGAUAUUUCCUACGAAGAACAUGUACAGCAGAACAACCAAAGGUUGAUCUCUAUCAAAAUGAGCCUCAUGGAGGAGCAUUCCUUUCCAUCUGCUUGCACUGAGCUUACACAAUGGUGUGGUGAUCAGAGGGCAUUCUCGUCGUGUUUCGAAGAAAAUCUUUUGGCAGCGUUGCAGGUGGCUGUUGAGAACGGCACCAAGGAUGGAUUCGACUUUACAUUAGCUCAUCAGCUCAUCACUGCAUGUUUCACUCACCGGAAGCUGCUUAGUAAGGAAAGUGCAACGCGGAUCAAUCGUUGGUAUGAACAGUUUCGUCGUUUGAAGAAAAGCGGUGGAAAGCGAAAACGGAAAACAGAAGCUGCACAGCCGGCUGCUACAGCUGUAGCAACGCUUCCAGUGGACCCGAGUAUGGAGACUGUUACAGUAACAGACAGGUUGGAAAAGUUCACUUAA